UGGCGGAAUGCACCAAUAAUUGUUGCAAACGCCAUUAUACCAAAGAAGAAGAAACAAGUGAAGUGACCAACAACCAUUUCCACGUUAUCGGUUUUUAUUUAGACAUUUAUUCACACCAUGGAACUCAAAGUAUGACAAAUUGAACAGCACAGUAUCACAUAUGUACCCCAGGUAGUUUUUCAUUCGCGUUAUAGUCAGGACAUUGUCUAGUAAACGCUAGCUGCUAACGUUAGCAAACAAUGGCUAACUGUAUGGUUUUUCACACUCAAAUAGCCUCCAUCAUGGAGGUACUAGCGAAUGCAGCCGUGGCAGAGAUCUGUAAACUCGUAGACGACGACUAUGCAGUGUUUCGUUUUGAAAUAACUCAAAGCCAGAAAGAAAACAUGGCAUUGCGGAGGAAACUUCUGGAAUCGAAGGUGGCACGGGAGCGCGCAGAGAGGACAACGCGAGAACGCGUUCUCGCCAGUCGUCCCUGUAGUGCCAAGACCCUCGUCCGAUGCAGAGGAAUGGCAAGAGGUGAAGGGCAUCUCACUGGGGGCCACAGGAGCUUUCUGAAGCCAGCGGGACACAAUACAUGGAAAGAUGACCAACCAAUCACUGUUGAUGAGUGGAGUGGAACCUCAACCCAGCAAGUUAUUGUGAUAGAGUCUGCAGAGGCUGCGGUUCCUGGGGUCAAGCUGGAGAGGUCUGAAGGAGAGGAGGACCCAAAACACAGCAGAGACAUCCAGACUGGAUUGGCUGGAGUGCCCCCUGUAGCUACGGAGGACCCCCCCAACACCCCAGCGCAGCCUAGGACCCAAUGCAGCAAUGCAGCGGAGGUCAAUGGAAUGCCAAAAGCCAUCCUCAAGUCAGAGACAGACACAAAAACUUUAACAGUGCUGGAGCGACUGGGCUGUCCUCCUGCUCCCCGUUCAAAGUAUUUACUUCACGGUAACCUGAGCCCGAGGACGGUUCUGUCCCAUCAGGACUCGAGUGAUGCAUUACACACUGGCAAUGAUCCAUCCUGUUCAUAUGUUACAGAGACAGAGAUGAUACCUGGUGACAUGCCUGUGGGCUUAGAUACACAGACUAAUCCAAUGAGAGGGGACUGGAACCGGUACAGUAGUAGUGUAUACUCUGAAGGGCGCCUAGAUAAGAAAGGGGAGGGUCUGGUCAUAGAUGAGAUGACUGUGAAAGUGGAGGGCGAUGCUCCUCUGACAUGGAAUGCAGAUAAGACUCACUUAGGAGGCCAGCCGCAAGUUAACACUAGUGACUUCUUAGACUACAGGGAAAGCUUACAGGCCAAUCCAAAUGUUGCAACCCACUACCCUUUACACUCGCUCAGGGAUCGCGAAUCUGUGUUCACGUCGAUGGCACCUUCCGAUUCACACGGACACGUCCUUUUCGAUCAGGUAUUGAACUCAAACGACAAGACUGGAGUCCAGGCUCGGGGAGGGGGAGCAACAUCAGGCGGUAGUAAAGAGAAAAGGUUCCUCUGCAUGUUCUGUAACAAAGGCUUCAGCUACCCCCAGAAGGUGGAGAUCCACCAGAGGAUCCACACAGGGGAAAAACCAUUCAGCUGUAACCAGUGUCACAUGCGCUUUGCUCAGGCCGGCACCCUAAAGAGACACCAGAGGGUCCACACAGGGGAGAAACCUUAUAGCUGUACCCAGUGUCAAAUGCGCUUCGCCCAGGCUUGCAACCUGAAGAUGCACCUGAAGGUCCAUAUGGGAGAAAGGUCUUCUGACGUUUAGAUCAAACCCUGCUUUAAAGACAAAGGUGCAUUGUCAUUGUUGUCUGCAGAAAAGAUCCACAGAUGCAUUUGGAAUAACGAGUAACAGAUUUCAGUGUUGAAUAUUCCUGGGUAGAAUAUUGCAUCCAGAAUUGUGUGAAAUAAUAAAGCAUAUUUAAGUCUAAAAUGUCUGUUACAUAUUGUGUUUGUACUGUGUAGGAUAUAUGAUGUUCACAAAUGCCUAUUUCAUUACUUCCACAUUUUUGAAUGAGAAAAAUAAUGCAGUUUAUCAAGUUCAUCCAGAUUUUUAGUUGAGGUGUGUGUAUGUGUGGUUUUCAUAUGGUGUAUUUAACACUUGUUUUUGUUUAAUAAACACAAAAUGGGACUUUUCA